AUGAGUCUUACUUGUAAACUCUCUGCGAAACUCACUGUGUUUGCUCAGAAUUGUUAUUUGAAAGUCACAGCCUGGGUUUUAAGAGGGGGGAGGGGGGAGGUCAGCCAAAUCCACAAGAAAAAAAUAGGGAGUGUUGGUACAUUUUCCAUGUUCCGCCACCCCCUUGUUGAAUUCGGAGGCAGGGGGCUGAGUGUGUUGGUCGUUGGGAGAACUAUGGUCUCCGGCAGAGCAGGGUUUGGAUGGUUGACAGCUUCAGAAGUAGCUUGCCACUUGACUCUCAAGCACUGUACGAUUGAUCUCCUGCUCAUUUGGGCUGUUCAGACAUGCAUCUACUGUGGUCAAGAAAUUGCCAAGAUGAGGGAGUGGUAUUUGCCAGGAUCUGGCACAGUAUUUCCAGAUAUGUCUUUUGAGUGA